AACUCUCCGCAGUCCUCUGUCGUCCGUCGCGCAGCAAACAGUCACACUACUCCCGCUCCGUCUCUUGCUCAAACUAAGACUGUAAAAGCUGGAAAUUACUCAUCCCCCAGUCCAGAACCGCACACAAAGACUUGCCGAAAAGAAAUUCUAGUUCCUUGACUUAAGCGUAAACAACACAAAAACCCAACAUCGCCAUGUCUUCCCGCAAAACGGCCGGUCGCCGCGGCACCACCAAGAAGCGUGCCCAGCGCGCCACCUCGAACGUGUUCGCCAUGUUCGAUCAGGCCCAGAUCGCCGAGUUCAAGGAGGCGUUCAACAUGAUCGACCAGAACCGGGACGGGUUCAUCGAGAAGGAGGACCUGCACGACAUGCUGGCCUCGCUGGGCAAGAACCCGACCGAGGACUACCUGGACGGGAUGAUGAACGAGGCGCCGGGGCCGAUCAAUUUCACCAUGUUUUUGACGCUGUUUGGCGAGCGGCUGCAGGGAACCGACCCGGAGGACGUGAUCAAGAACGCGUUCGGCUGCUUCGACGAGGAGAACACCGGCAUGCUGAACGAGGAACGGCUGCGCGAGCUGCUGACCACGAUGGGCGAUCGGUUCACCGACGAGGACGUGGACGAGAUGUUCCGCGAGGCACCGAUCAAGAAUACGAUGUUCGACUACAUCGAAUUUACCAGAAUUCUCAAGCACGGCGCCAAGGACAAGGACGAACAGUAAUUUCUUCUCUUUUUCCUUCUUUUGUUUUUAUCCGUUUCGUGUCUUAGUUUAGUUUAUCUUUCCUGUAUGUUAUUCCUGCUCUUAAAUUGUGAAUUUCCAAUAUUAUUACGACUCGAUCUUUCCCACAAAACGCAAUUGGUUACAACUAUCACAUCAGUAUUCCCUUGCUAGCAUUCUUCUUUCUGCCCCUCAGAAAAGAGCUUCUAAACUUUCCCCGACGCGUCGGACCGUAGCGCAAAUCAGUACUUUACACACACAAAAGAAAAACAACCAUUUGUUAAUCGCAACUUAUCGAAAGAAAACCACAUUUUUGAAUAUAUAUUUAAUAUAACGUAAGACUCCAAGUCGUCGCUA